AUGGUUGCCGUCGUCAUGUGUGAAAAGAAUUUGGACCUCAUCAAGGGGCGCGUACUGGUUCAAACAUCGCCAUCGAGUACUUACAGCACGGAAGCAACUGUUGCUCAUGCAAGACUGUACGCCAGAGAGUUCCAACGUCUCAACAUCUCUCGUGAUAGGUUCUGCAUCAAGAUACUUGCUACAGGACCAGGUCUCAACGCGGCUCGAAUUCUGCAACACGAAGGUAUCGCAACCCUUGGUACAGGUGUAUUCAGUGUUGAACAGGCGAUUGCUUGCUCUCAAGCUGGUUGUCUGUACAUUAGUCCUUACUACAACGAAGUACGUACACACGAGGACCCAUCCCUCUGGCCUGAUGUAGUUGAUCCUGCCUUACAACAUCCGUUCUCCAACCGCAUCAUCCAGAUGUUAGAGGCUUUCAGAGACCUCAACCUGAAGACUGGUCGCACACAGCCAUUGAUCAAGAAUGCUGCUUACCGAAGUAUUAAAGAGGCCAUUGCGUCUGCAGAACUAGGUUGCCAUUCAGCGACCAUGUCAACCGCUGUCAUUGACGAACUGGCAGCCACGCCAUACGACAAGAGCCUGGACUUCGGCGAACCGGUUCCUAAAGCUGAAGUGCCUGACCGGAGUAUCCGUACUACACCAGUCAGGCUACAAGCUUUAUUGAGCAGCGACUCUUUGCAGGAGGCGCCUUUUGUCCGUGCCAGCAUCGAAAUUGAUUACCUGGCAAAUGGAGGGGCAAAUUUGAUAGCAGCUAUGGGGAAGGACCCUGUAGGUUUGGGGCGCCUGCAGGAUGCUAUUUCCCUCUUCGUAAGGGCAGAAAACGCAAGCAAGCAGUUGAUAGAAUCUCUGAUGCCUAGGCUUGAAAGCUCGCUGUGA